GUUGCGGAGCUGCCGGGCAGCGCGCGCUCGGGGGCUGCCAAGCCUCGCGAGAGCAGGGCUGACUAGAGUCGCCGGUGGUUAGGGGGUAGCAUCAUGGCGUUGUGUUGAACGCUGCUCAGUUGGUCCUGCCGUCCGACUCUCCGGUUGGUUUGCUUCUGUCUCACUGAGAGCGAAGGCUGGGUAAAUGCCUGGCAAGCGGUGUGGUGAGAAUGAGGACCAGCCAAAGGUUGAACGGCCUUGGGGGCGGCCCCCUGGCUCUAAAACCAGGCUCAGCAGCGGCUCUAGUGGACGCCGCUGCGGCUUGGGCAGGGGCUUAGGCCGCCUGGGGCGGGGCGGAGGCGGUGGGUAUCCUGCUCCCGGGCCAGACACGUAUUAAGAGGAGGCGGAGGGUCAUGUGUCUGGAAGACGAGAUGAAAAUUCUCGAGAAGCUGGAAGAAGGGUUUGCGCACCCUUAAGCAAAACGAGGAGGCGGUCAGGACCAGCAUGGAGAGUGUUUCGCCCGUCUGCUCCUAGGUGCUGUGCAUUCCUCAGGACGUAAACAUCGAGAAGAUGGAGACGAAUUAAUCUUCGGGGUCUAGGAUUAGACCAAAGGAGGAGGGGGCAGCCUGUGACGCUGAAGGCCAUCUGCAGCCAGGCCAAACGGGUUUACAUGCAACUGGUGGAAACCACUGGCAAGGGCAACCCAGAGAAGUUUCAUGCGAGCAAGGGAUGGUUGGAGAAGUUUAGAAAUCGCUAUAGGCUGCUGAAUUCGAGGUUGAUAGGGGAGGAAGAACCGUUAAAUGCCCAGUCGGCACCCACGUAUUUCAAGCAACUCCAGAAACUGAUCAGAGUUAGUGGCUUUGUACCUCAACAGGUCUUCACCGCCAAGCAGAUGAGCCUGUUUUGGAAGUGCUUGCCUUCGCGUACUUUUGGGGAAAAAGACAAAAUUCUGGAAAGCUUAGAGGAAGCUAAGGACCAGAUUUCUUUCAAUUUUUGUGCCAGUGCCGCCGGUGACAAAACCAUGGCUGCUUUAUGAAGCAGCACCUGUUUUAUGGAAAAAAAUAUAAAACGCCUUCCUAUUUUCCGGCGAUCACUAACAGUAUCAUUAACAGCUGCCCUCAUUUUGGGUUGGCUUCGUAAUUGUUUUAUUCAUUGAACCUGGAGUUAUUUAACAGAAAAAAAUCUUGCCUUCAGAGUGUUACUGUUUUCGGACAGAGGUCUCAGUCACCCAGACUCCAUUCUUUGCUCAUCCCAAUGAUGAUCUUGUGUUUCUUCAUCUGGAGGGCAGUAGCUAUCUUAAGCCCUUGGAUCAGGGUAUAAUUGAAGCAUUCAGGAGGUAAUACACCAAGCAUAUGUUGGACUACUUUGCCGACUUCUUGAAAAAAACCCUUGCCUCACUUUGAAAGAAACACGGCAACAGUACAACUUUAAUGAUGCUUUGGUAGUAAUAAAAGAGGUGAUGGAUGAUAUAAAAACCAGCCUCCCUUAAUAAAGCUUGGUGGAACCUUUGGAAUGAUGUUGUGAAUGAUUAUGCAUGUUUCCCUAGAGCUAAUGAAGAAGUUGAAAAAAAUCAUAGAGUCUGAAAAUGGAUGGGCUUUAAAUUCAUCGAUAUUGAUGAAAGUGAAAUUAAUAAGCUACUUAAGUUUCAAGCUUUGGCAAUAACAGAGAGUCUAUAUCUGUAGAUGAGGAAGAAGGCAAAUCUCUGGAACCAGAGAGAAAGUUGAACUUAAGGAAACAAUUCUGUCUUACACCAGGUGUCAGACCUCAUUGAAGCUGCAAUUGAUCUUUACUGGAUUGAAGUUUGGCCUUUAAAGAUUUCAGUAAAGUGUUGUAUACCUGUAAAGAGGCCCAAAAGAACCUUCAAAAUAAAGCAAAGGAGAUGAAGAAAGAGAAGGAAGACACAAUAAAGAGGAAGUAGUGUGGGUGAAAGAGAUGGGUACAGAAUCUGACUCUGAAGAGGAUUCUGAGUCCAUAUCUGAAUCCAGUAAGGAGGAGGAGAGAAAGAGGGUAAGAAGCCUCCAGAAGAAGAGCUUAUAAUCUCAGGCAGUGGCACUGAGGCUCUUACUAGAGCUGAAGAAUCUGCCAAGGCCAUAAAUGCAGAAUUGGACUUUUUGAAUCUAACCUUGGAAUUGAAUCUGAAGAGAGUAGAAGUGCCUGAGUUGAAGUAAGAAGAGAAUCCAGAAGCGGUUUCUUCCAAAUAACAGUUCAUCUCUUGCCAUCCUUCCCCUGCUGCCCCAGCAUCGCCUUCAUCAUGACCAUCCUUAUAAUCACCAAAUCAACAAACAUUUAUUGAGCAUAAUCUCUGUGGGAUCCUGUGCUAAACUCUGGGACAUCAUCUCAGGAUCUAAGAUCCUGACUGCUUCUUUCCUGACAUACCCCAUGCUCAGGACCCUUAGCCAGCAGCUCCUUUCAGUUGUCACUGGCAGCUAUGUCUCCGGCACUUACUCCAUCGUUUUUGUCAACUGUCCCAACGAGCAGAUUGCCAGAGAUAUUGCCAGGGCUAUACUGGAUAAGAAGCUGACUGCCUCUGUGAACAUCCUGCCUAAGGCAUACUCACUAUACUAUUGGAAUGGAGAAAUAGAAGAAGCCACUGAAAUCCUGCUGUUAAUAAAGACAAAGACUUCCAAGGUCCGUAUGCUAUCCAGCUACAUCAGGUUGGUGCAUCCUUUUGAAAUCCCAGAGGUCUUCAGUCUUCCCAUGGACCAAGGAGAUGUGCACUAUUUAAAGUGGCUGGAGGAGGGCAUGGAGGAGGAAUGAGUGGGGGCUUCUUGUGCCUCCUGCUGGCUGACUCUAACCUUCAUCAGCUGUUCUCUGGGGGAGGGGAGGCUUCUCUCUGCCCUCUCGCAUCUCUGGAUUCCACGCUUUUGUCAGCACAGAGGAGUUAAGUAACUUGUGGAGGGUGAAGGCCCAAGGCUUCUGAGGCUGGAAGAGGACGCUGGGCCAGUCAGGCCAAGCAAGAACCCCGUGGAUCUUGUCUCUGAGUGCAUCAUGCGUAAAGG